UAUUGUUUCAACGCAUUCUGCUGAAGAAACCUUUCAUGGAGUUUGUGUAGUAGCUCUGAGUUUGUCGUAGUGAUACUGCUUUAUAUGUACGUAUUAUGCAUAUUAUUAAUAAAUAUUUAAAGCUGUGGAAGUAGUUAUGGCGUUUCCGCAGCCGCGUCCUCAAGGGCCUCAGUUGCCGCAGCAUCUUUUACAGACUAUAGAGUGUCAACAGGGCGCUGUGAGAGCUGUGCGCUUCAAUGCUGAUGGGAAUUAUCUGCUGACCUGUGGCAGUGAUAAAUCUCUGAAACUGUGGAGUGUGAGUCGCGGGACUUUGCUGAAGACUUACACCGGUCACGGAUAUGAAGUGUUGGACGUGGAUAGUUCUUACGACAACAGUCAGCUGUGCUCCUGUAGCUCGGAUAAAACCGUCAUUCUGUGGGAUGUGGCGUCUGGUCAGGUGACGCGCAAACUUCGCGGGCAUGCAGGGAAAGUAAACUGCGUUCAGUUUAAUGAGGAGGCUACUGUGAUGCUGUCAGGCUCUAUUGAUGGGACUGUAAGAUGUUGGGACACUAGGUCCAGGCGGAUGGAGCCGAUCCAGAUCCUGGACGAUGCUCGGGAUGGCAUCAGCAGCUUGAAAGUUUCAGAGCAUGAGCUUUUGACUGGGUCUGUGGAUGGAAGAGUGAGGCGAUACGACCUACGAAUGGGGCAGCUUCAUGUUGAUUUUAUUGGAAGUCCCAUCACUUGUGUGUGUUUCAGUCGGGAUGGUCAGUGCACACUUAGCUCUAGUUUGGACUCCACAGUGCGCCUGAUCGACAAAAGCUCAGGGGAAAUGCUGGGAGAGUACUCUGGUCAUGUCAAUAAAGGCUAUAAACUCGACUGCUGUCUGUCCGAUAAAGACACACACGUUCUGAGCUGUUCAGAAGAUGGCCAUGUUUACUUCUGGGAUCUGGUGGAGGGUUCCCUGACUUUAAAGCUGCCUGUCGGGAAAGCUGUCGUCCAAUCACUGUCGUUCCACCCAACGGAGCCCCGCCUUUUGACUGCCAUUGAGGGGCGUGUUCAGGUGUGGGGGCCGGAGCCAGAGGAUGCAGCUGUGGAAGACAGCUGAGUAGUGUGUGUUGAACACUAAAUACAUGAGCAGGACUCAUUUAAGUGUGAAUCAUAAUUUUGCAUUUGUUCGAUUGUUAUAUUUUGUAUGUUAAUAAAAAAGCAAAUAAAACAUAAAAAAUAU